AUGUCGAACAGAAAGGGUGCUCUACGUGAGCUCCCUCCGGAGCCUGUUGACGAAAGAUCGCCUCUUCUGGGCUCCGAUGGACAGCAAACGGAACAAGAUAGCCUCGAAGCCCAGGCCKAGCAGGAACGAAGAGAAUACAAUGAGGGAGCAGUGCCUCUGGCAGAUGAACCAAGUACCAUGAAGCUACUCUCAACAAUGGGCAGUCUCUGGGUGACCACUUUCUUCGCAGCGCUAGACACAACCAUUGUAGCGACAUUGUCGGGACCGAUCAGCAAUAGUUUCAAAUCAGGAACUUCCUUCUCCUGGAUCGCGAGUGGAUAUCUAAUCGCCAACGCAGCCUGUCAACCGCUCUCUGGAAAAUUGACAGACAUCUAUGGCCGCCGAGCCGGAUUGAUCUUCGCAUCGACCUUUUUUGCGGUGGGAACGCUUAUUUGUGGUCUUGCUACCGAGUCCUGGGUCAUGAUCGCUGGCAGAGUGAUUGGUGGAAUGGGCGGUGGAUGCCUCAAUACUGUUUCGGUGUUUGUAGGAUCUGACCUGAUUCCUCUGCGGAAGCGGGGAGUUUGGCAAGGAAUAGGGAACAUCGUCUGGGGCCUCGGAAUGGGACUCGGUGGCGUUGUUGGAGGAGCCAUCGCCGACAAUUACAAUUGGCGGUAUGCGUUCUUGAUUCAGCUGCCCUUCAUUGUGUUGGGAGGAAUAUGGGGGGUCUACAUGAUUGAUGUCCCCGUGAAAGAGACCGACACUGCGAAGAUUAAAAGGGUGGACUUUCUAGGUGCAUUUACUUUGGUGUCCACGCUUGUUCUAUUCCUCCUUGGUCUAAACAGUGGUGGGAACGUGGUACCAUGGAAUCACCCACUGGUCUACGUUUCGCUGCCCCUCAGCCUCGUGUUCCUGCUGCUCUUCAUCUAUGUUGAGACCCGAGUUGCCACAGAACCCAUCAUCCCUGUGCACUUGCUACUGCAUCAGUCCGUUGCAGCCGCGUGUCUGACCAUGUUCUUUGAGACAAUAAGUGUAUUCGCGCYCCUCUAUUAUGGUCCAGUCUUCUUCCAGGUCGUCCGCGGAGUGACCUCAACCGAAGCUGGAACACUCUUCAUACCACAAGCCGUGGGCACCGCGCUGGGAUCACUGGGAUCCGGAGUCAUAAUGCGUUGGACCGGAAAAUACCGACUGCUCAAUAUCAUCGCUCAAAUCCUGUCAGUGACAGCAGCGGCACUUAUAUUGGGAACGUUCAGCGAAAGGCUGGCAAAGGCUCCACCAUUCAUCUACUUCUUCCUCAGCGGGAUGGCGUACGGAUCGAUGCUGACCAUCACAUUGAUAUCGCUCAUAUCUGCCGUCGAACAUAAAUACCAGGCCGUCAUCACCUCCGCUAGCUACGCAUUCCGAUCUACUGGAUCCUCGAUCGGCAUCACCGCUGCGUCGGCUGCGUUCCAGAAUCUUCUCAAGAGCUCGCUUACGGAAAAGUUUGGCGACCUGCCUGGAGCCGCGGAUGAGAUUAAUAGAAUCAGAGACUCGACUGACGAACUGAACAAUCUACCCCCUGGUUGGCAUGAUGGCGUCAUCAAUGCCUAUAUUGCAGCUCUACGAGGAGUGUGGGUGGUGGUCCUUGGAUUUGCAGUUCUUGCAGCGAUUUCGAGCGUUUUCAUCAAGCAGCACAAACUUUACAGUAACCUUGAGCGAAGGUGA